CGCCGCACACCACUUGGUCUCCUCCUCUCUCAAUUUCCCCACCGAGCCAAUCCCCUCCAUCUCGCAUCAGCGCCGCCACCUGUUGUCUUCUACCUCGGGAUCCCCAGAUGCAGCCAGCCAUCGGAGCCAUGCCCCGUGCCCGGCAGCACCCAUGCGCCCGAGCCUCGCUCGAUCCACGAUGCUGGAGCCCCCGCCUUCGCCCACAUCCGGCGAGCUCUGUCUGAGCGCCCCCGGCCUCCUUCGUGCUCGCCACGGUCGGUUCGAAAUCGACCCCCAACCCCGCGUACGAGGAGCUCCUCCAGCUGCAGUGCCGUCUCAAGCAUGGAGCAGGAGCAGCAGCAUCCGACGCCCAUGGAAGCCGCGCCGCAGGGAACCAGCUGCGCUAAGAGCUCCCCCUUCCCCUGCGCGUCUGGUCGCGUCCGCCCGCGCGAGCCCGCUGCUCUGCACCGGUGUAGCGCGCAGGGACGUCUCCUUCUGCAGCAAGCGAGCCCACCUCGAGCUCCCUCAUGUGCGUCGUUCUGAACAUUCAUGCAUGAGCCCCGCAGCCCCGCCGCCUCGUGCCCUCGCCGGAGGUCGGAAUCGGUGACCCCGCGCCGCCAGAAGCCGCUCCAGGCCAGAACCUCUCCCGUUCCCCUCUCCUUCCUGCUCUCCUUCCUCCUCAUGUUGAUUCCCUCUCUCUCUCUUAUAUUUUUUUCUCUGAACUUAUCUGAACCAGGAGCAGCAGCCAUGGGAACCCCUGGGCCCGAGUCUAGCUCGCCGUCGCGUGGAAUCGGGUCCCUGCAGACGGAUCCGUGACCCAACGCCCAUCCCCAAGUCUCCGCCUUGCUGGUACCUUCAGCGCCGAAGCCCAAGCACUGAUGGUAGCCUGUAUCCCCGCCGGUUUCGUGUGUCUGCUGUAAGAACGCCCUGUUCUGAACUGUGCUUCAUUUUGCCCAGAUGCAUUCUAAUUGUCGGCCUUACUAGGAUUUCCAUGUCACUAAUAUCACGAUCGCGCCAGCAGCCGAGCUGGCUAGCACCACUCUGUUUCA